AUGAAGACAUUAGAUCAUGUAACUCUGGGAGAAAGCGAAAGCAUUACAAUCCCCUGUCUGUAUGACAAUCAGUAUAAAUCAAACUCAAAAUACUGGUGUAAAGGGUUUUUUUGGCGUUCUUGCCAAAUUACAGCCCAUUCAAAGACUACAGGGAGAUGGACAAUAACCGAUUAUCCAGCCCACAAUAUUUUUACUGUGGAACUCAACAAACUGACAUCCUCAGACUCUGGAUAUUACUGGUGUGCUGUGGAGAUCGGCACUCAUGCAAACCCAGAUAACAAAAAAUAUUUGUAUGUAACCGUUAAAUCAGCUCCUGAUGUGUCUGUGGUGAACAGCAGUGUAUCUGGACAUGAAGGUGGUGAUAUCAGUGUUCAGUGUUUCUACAGUUCUGGAUAUCAGUAUAAAGUUAAACAGUGGUGCAGAAUUAUAGAUCAGAGCUGUUACAAAAUGGGGAGGACUGACACAUCCCAGAAUUCAUCAGUCCAGAUCAGUGAUGAUGAUGGGGGAAGAUCCUUCACUGUGCUGAUGACUGGACUGAGACUGACUGAUUCUGGCUGGUACUUCUGCUCUGUAGGAGAUCUGCAGGUUCCUGUUCAACUUUUUGUUCAGAAGGACAAUAAACAUAAAAAUACAUCUGAAAGUGAUGAUGCUGGUCUAUUUCCCUCCAUCUGCAGAAACCAAACAGCAAGCAAUGAUACGGAGGACAGCAACUGCUCUCCUGAAGACUCUCCUGACCAGAUGGACUGGCUUUUUCUCCUCCUCUAUACUGCUGUGCCGCUGCUUCUGUUACUGAUGCUGGUUUUAGUAAUCCGGAGGCUUAUACAAAAACACAGUCAGUUCUAA